AUGGAUCCGUCGUGGCAGCAAUAUCCCGACUCGGCCGGUGCCUCGCGACGACACAACGGCGGCGGACAAAUGCCUCGAGACUAUGCCGGUCAACCUCCUCCUGCCGCCGCGCCCUACGGUCCUGACCAUGGUCAAUAUCACCGCGCCGCUCUUCCUCAAGUCCACGUCCACUCCCACCCUCACGCCUAUGGUCAUGGCCAUGCCAUCAACCUCUCGGGACCUGGCAAUCCCAAUCCAGCCGCCGCCUCCCCAAUGUCCAUCGGUCCCUCCCCUCGCGACGGCAACGGAGACAUUGCUAUGCACGACGCCCACGACGCCCACGCCGGCAUCAAAUACCCCAUGAGACCGCACCAUCAGUCUCACGCUUCUACUGGUCGCUCCUCCAACCUUCAGAUGCCCCACGAGCAACAGCCUUCUUCUGCUGCUCAACGAUACUCGCCCAUGGACACGCUGUCUCCGACCUCUCCCUACGCGCCCAAGUCGAGUCAAUUUGCGAAUCCACCCCCUCCAACGCAGUCCCCAAGCGGCCAGCCAGAGUAUUCCCAGAGUCCAUACUAUGCUGCUGGGCGUCAGGCUGGUCAACAGCUGCCGCCAAUCACGCCUUUCGCCUCGUCCCAAGAGGGCUACCCUUCCUCAGCCGUGGCCAAUCUAGACGCAACCUACUCUAACGGGCCCAAGUCUCCCGCACGAUCGAAUCCUGCAGGGCAAAAGCCUGUCCCCGAGUUCCGCAAGGUUCGAGCUCUGACUGAACUACGACCCAAGAACAACCGGCAACCGGCCUUCCGACGAGCAAACCCCGAGGGAGGCUUUAUCAGUCCUCUUCAAGCCCUCACAUCUCACUUACCGGCGACAUACCGUAUCUGCAAUCCUGGCUUCAAAUAUGAGACUUCGCGAAAUCCUCGUCGCGUCCUGACCAAACCAAGCAAGGGAGUCAAGAAUGAUGGCUACGACAACGAAGACAGUGAUUAUAUUCUCUAUGUCAAUGAUAUUCUAGGAUCCGAAGAAGCAGGUCACAAGAAUCGCUACCUCAUCUUGGAUGUUCUUGGCCAAGGAACCUUUGGCCAGGUCGUCAAGUGCCAAAACUUGAAGACGCAAGAGGUUGUUGCCGUCAAGGUCAUCAAGAAUCGCACUGCUUAUUUUAACCAGAGCAUGAUGGAAGUUUCUGUUCUCGAUUUGCUGAACACGAAACUCGACAAGAACGAUGACCAUCACCUGCUGCGAUUGAAGGACACUUUUAUUCACCGACAACAUCUUUGUUUAGUAUUUGAAUUGCUGAGUGUCAACUUGUACGAGCUCAUCAAACAAAACCAGUUCCGAGGACUCAGCACCACCCUUGUGCGAGUAUUUGCGCAACAACUUCUUAAUGGCCUUGCCUUGUUGAAUAAAGCUCGCUUGAUCCAUUGCGAUCUGAAGCCCGAAAACAUCCUACUCAAAAACCUGGAAAGUCCUAUUAUCAAGAUUAUUGAUUUCGGUUCCGCUUGUGACGAGCGGCAAACAGUCUACACCUAUAUCCAGUCCAGGUUUUACCGCUCACCCGAAGUCCUCCUCGGCCUGCCAUACUCCUCAGCCAUUGACAUGUGGUCCUUGGGGUGUAUCGUAGUAGAGCUUUUCCUGGGUCUGCCCCUCUUUCCCGGGUCAUCAGAAUACAACCAAGUCUCACGGAUCGUUGAGAUGCUCGGCAACCCCCCGAACUGGAUGAUCGAAAUGGGUAAACAGGCGGGCGAAUUCUUUGAGAAACGCCAGGACGAAUUCGGCAGACGGACGUAUCACUUGAAAAGUAUGGAACAGUACGCACGCGAGCACAACACGAAGGAGCAACCCAGCAAAAAGUACUUUCAGCAAAGCACGCUGCCCGACAUUAUCAAAUCUUAUCCCAUGCCGCGCAAAAACAUGAAGCAGAAUGAAAUCGAUCGAGCCUUUAUCGACUUUGUCCGAGGAUUAUUGACUAUCAACCCCCUCGAGAGAUGGUCUCCUCAACAGGCCAAGUUGCAUCCAUUUAUUACUCAACAAAAAUUUACUGGUCCUUUCGUUCCUCCCAUGAACCUCAAAGCGAGCUCCUUAAACCGAUCUCCCGCGCCAGGAACGCAACAGCAACAACAGGCCGAGGCUUUGAGCAAGCAACGUGCUCAGGCGGCACAAGCUCAAGCUAAUUCGGCUGCACAUUCAGCCGCUCAGGGAGCGUAUGCCAACAUGGCUGCUACUGGCCAGUACCCUCAACAGUCAGGGCAUGCUCAACCUCCCAUGUACACCGCAAACCCUGUUUAUUCGCCUGCUGGGAAUCAUGGCAAUAUGGCGCCGCCCUACGGACCCCAGGCACUUCAGUACGGCCCAAUGGUCAUGGGCCAGCAUACCCAACCAAUGCCUUCUGCCCAGUAUGGCAAUGUUGCUCAACCGAAUAUGUAUCAGCAAGGAGGCAUGCGGACUAGCAGGCAGAGAGCUUCAACCAUGGAGCAGCAGCAGAGUGGUAUCCCGGCUGCUAUUCAGCGAGUAGCAAGCCAUCUUGACCCGAGUCAGCCUAUCCGCCUGCAGCCUAGUCCAGCUUAUUACCCCCCUUCCGGCGAAGGCGUGGUUAGCAUGGAUAAUACUCCUGGACGUGCUGGUCGACGGGGAAGCAGGGUUCAGCAAGGUGGGAGAGGAAAUCGCGAUUUCAUCCGCAAUCUCGAGGAACGCACCUUGGAAGAAGGAUUCAUGGGAAACCAGAACCCGUGGCAUUGA